AUGGCGAAAUGCAGCAACAUCCACAACACCGUCUUGCUCCGGCAGACCCUGCGGCGCUGGCGGUCCCGUGCCGCGGCGCGCGCUGCUGCGGAUGACGGCGCGGUGUCGGUGCCGGCGGGGCACGUGGCGGUGUGCGUGGGCGGGGCGUCGCGGCGGUUCGUGGUGCGGGCGGCGCACCUGAACCACCCCGUGUUCCGGGAGCUGCUCCGGCAGGCGGAGGAGGAAUAUGGGUUCCCGUCCGGCGCGUGCGGCCCCAUCGCGCUCCCCUGCGACGAGGACCACUUCCGGGACGUCCUACGCCGCCUCUCCUCCGACGAGCGCCGCGGCGUGUCAGCCGUCAGCAGCCGCGAUGUCGCCACGCGGCCGUUGCUGCCGAGGGUGGCGGCGGAGGAGCUCGUGUGGUGACUGCUGACGGAUCAAUGGGCAUAGGCCAUUCGGCAUACGUGCUCUGUUCUCACAUGAGGUAGUCCUGGCGAUUUGACUCCGGCGGCGGCAGCGGUGGCAGCAGCAACUGGAAGACUCCGCCCGCCCACCGGCGUGCACGGCAAGCGCCGGAGGCCCGCAUAUCUUAUUGACGGACGUGGUCCGGUGCCUGGUGUAGCGGCCAGCGGCGCCCCGAAACACGAGCCGGUGACGGUGCCGCGCGUGAGCAACGGCUUGACAAGUUGACUGUAGUUAGA